CUAUUUGUGGAUUCUGGAUCUCGUCUCGUCGAUGUACCAUAAACAAAAAUGUCAGCGAUCCCGAUUUUUUGUUUCUUGUUGCAUACCCAUCGUUAUACCUUAAUUAGAUCACACGAAUGAUAUAAAUUAUUGUUAGACGCUUUCUCCGACGGUGUCGUCUCAUCCAAACGGCGUGUCUUUGGCAAUAAAUCGGCCAUAAUAAGCGUGCGUUUGGUGUGCUUCGCGCCCGUCUACACCCGACCUAUCUCAUUGUUUAUGUAUGGAGAGUAAACCAAGAUUUUUAUGGUGUUUGUGACCUAUUCUGGUAUUAGUUGAAUAUCUGAGAACGAUCAGGAUCUGGCAUCGGCCGGUCGGGCGCGGGUCCGCAGGGCGCCGCUAGCGUCUUCCGACCAAGGUUCUUUGAGAUCUCUAUUUAUAAUAAUAUCUCGAUCGUUUGGUGCAAUAUAAUGACAUUCUUGUAAUGAAGUGGCGCGCCGUGGUUCUGUGGGACAUGUGCCAAUAAUUUUGCGUGUGACGAAAUCCCGCGGCAGGCCGUGUUGUGUUGUAUGUAUACAACGACCUUACACUUCUGUUUACAUGAUCCUAUCAAUGUCAAGUUGGCGAAGGCACGUAGGGGUAUGAUCAAGGAGAAGGAGAAGGGCGGGGGCGCCCGCAUAAAGGACGAACCCAACGAUCCAGCGGAACCUGGGCAUGGUUCACGUCCGCCGAGUGCGUCGCUGCCGACGCCGGCGGCGUUGAAAAAGGAACCAGAGGAAGCCCACCGAGUCAAAUUGGAGCCACACACGCAGCCCGAGGACGCUAACCCAGAGCUCGGCGUUGACGGCAUCAAGACAGAGAUCGACGGCCUUAUGGAUAGCGACGGUGAUCCCACAAAAUCACCAUCUUGCGAUAUGGGUGGCCCAGGUUCAUUGAAAUCGGAACGUCUCUCGUCCGAUUCAAACGAUAUAUUGGACCCACAGACCGGCCUAAGAGGUUCAACUGGGAACCUGCAGGUAAAAAAAGAUGGCAACCAGAACUGCCGCAACCCCAACAACGAGAACUUAGGCUCGUGCCGUCUGGGCGGUGGGCCUAUGGGCGGCGUAUCCAUGGGACCUAUGUCCAGCGAAGCACAGACCCUACCCGCCAACGUUAUCAGCAAACAGGCCGGCAGUAUGGAGCAAAGCCAAAUCUUCGUGUUCUCAACUCUGCUUGCCAACAAGAGCGCGGAGGCGGUUAUAUCCGGCCAGCAUCACUCCAUCAUUGCCUAUCACUGCGCUCAGCCCAACACCAAGAAAUAUCUGGAGAAACACCCACUCAAAAUAGGCCAGUUUAACAAACAAAGUCCUGCACAAUGGUUAAACAACCUUGCAAUGGCGAAGAACAGAGGUGGCUUACGAGGCGGCCCCAAUAUGAUGGGAGGUCCCAACCAGAUGGGCCACAUGAUGGGUGGACCCAUGGGUCCCAAUAUGGGACCUAUGGGUCACGGUGGCAUGGGACACAUGGGACCAAACAUGAUGGGCCCCAAUCGCAUGGUAGGACCCGGAAACCAAAUGAUGAUGAUGAAAGGUGGCCCAGGACAGAUGGGACAAAUGGGUCCUGGGAUGGGUCCCAUGGAUGGGUUUCCAGGGGGCACCCCGUCCUGUGGUGUCAUGGACGGCCUCGGUGCUGAUGGUGAAAUGCCAUGGGACACCAAAAACUCCUCAGUAAUGUCGAACGGCAUGUCCAACGGACCGCCGCUGCCGAUGCCGCCGUGCUCGGAGGCGGGCGACGCGCCGCCGCAGAACGACUCCGCCGACUCGCAGUGCCAGCCCGGACCUAAAGCGGGUGUAAAGAUCCCCGACGAGAACCUGACGCCGCAGCAGCGCGCGCACCGCGAGGAGCAGCUAGCGACCAUCCGCAAGAUGCAGCAGAUGCUGUUCCCCGAGAGCGGCGGCGGCGCUAACCCGGGGCCCGGCGACGGCUCGCAGCAGCCCAACGACAUCAAUCCGCCCAACUCCACCGCCAACAUCAACAUGCCCUACCCGCCCAUGUCUCAAAUGGGACCCAACGGACCCAUGGUCUCCGGACCCAACGGGCCCAUGGUAUCCAUGUCUAACAGCAUGAACUCGGGACCCAGUUGUACUAUGUCGGGACCUAUGGGCCCAAACGGACCUAUGGGCCCGGGGCCAAUGGGACCCGGAGGUCCGAUGGGUCCGAAUGGUCCUAUGGGGGGACCGAUGGGAGGAAUGGGUGGACCGGGCGGGAUGGGUAUGGGUGGACACGGCUCUAUGGGACCUAACGGUAUGAUGGGGCCGAACGGGCCCAUGAUGACGGGUAUGGGCCCCAACGGCCCCAUGGGCCCUAUGGGGCCUUGUGGAAUGAAAGGAAUUCGAGGUGCUUGUGGUGGACCCGACAUGAAAUCGGGAAUGUGUACAGAUAUGCAUAUGGGUAGAGGUUGCGGAGGCCCCAUGGGACGUAUGCCAAACCCAAUGGGCGGUAUGGGAGGACCUAAACCCUGUAUGAUGGGUGGACCUCACAUGGGACCACGGAUGAUGCCUGGACCUAACUUAAAUGCGAUGAAUGGGGGUAUAAUGAUGGACGGCAACAUGCUGGGCGGCAUGGUGCACGACUGCGGGCCCGACCACCACAUGCCCGUCAACGGGCCCAUGUGCGACGAGUACGGACGCGGACGUAAUAUGGGUCCCGGCGACCCUGGUGGGCUGGGCCCGGGGCACAAGGGUGGGCUGCGGAGCCCUAAGAGCCCCUCCGCCGGUGCCGACAUCGACUGGCAGAAAUUACAUCAUCAGUUCUUCGACGACCCUAAAUCUAUGGAUACGGAACUCAGUACACAAGUGAAAUCGCCAUGUUCAGAAAGAGGAGGAUGUUUACCGCCCCCACCUUACGGUGCGUCCCCACUACAUCGGUCAGCUUCAGUACCCAUUGCAACAGCGUCACCAUCACACGGGUCUGUACAAAUGCCGAUGUCGGCGGAGGCGUCGCGCGCCGGCUCCGGACUGAACAGCCCCGCGCACUGCAAGCCCGGACACAAGCAGGACGCACCAGAGUUACUGGAGAAACUGGACGCGGGCGUGUUUGUGCGGUCGCUGCAAUGUCUGGCGGAGAGACAGCAGAAGCACGCGCAGUGCAAGGAGCCCAGCCUGAUGCCCGUGCCCUCCCCGCAACAAAUAUCCUAUCUCAACCAGUUCGAAGGUCAAGAGUUAACGAUACAAAAACAACCGAACACAUCUCUCAAGGACAACGGUCCGCCAUCAAACAACGGCGGGCAAACUCCACAGUCCAGUUCUAAUCAGAAAUCACCAGCAGGCAUGAUGCCGGGCACACCGGAGCCCCACUCGUCACUGUCGGAGCAACGCUCAGGCCGCUUCUCCUUGGAGCAGAGUCCCAGCUUCAACAACCCACAAACACCCACCUCCGCUGCAAACACUAAGUGCGGAGGUCAGUAUCACGAGAAAUCACGACCGAGUCCAUCAUCGAACCGGUCAAGUCAGGACAACGCGUCAAAGACCCCGCAGCGAGAGUCCUCUGGUCUGAACCAGGGACCAUACGCGCCCGCCUCCUCCGCCUCGUGUGUUGGUAACGCCAAGAGCAGCUGCAGCGUCACCACCGCACCCAGCGGCAACAUGGAUGACACCAUGGCAGGCAGCAACGAGACGACAUUAUCAGGUGGUCCCAACAGCACGAGUCUACCGGGUCCGUUUCCCGGCCCGUGCAGCAUGAACAGGCCCGACAAUAUACCCAUCAAUCCUAAUCAAGGCCCGAACGGCCCCAUGGGUACCUCUACGUCUUCCUUCGACCCGAUAUCGUCACUGGCCCAGAUGUCGCAGCAGCUCACCAACACGGUGGGCGGCGGCGGGCCGGGCCCGACCGGACCCAUGGGGCCUAACGGUAGCGGAAUGGGACCCUUCGGUUCGGGCCCGCACCACAUGCAGCACCAUCACUCGAUGCAUCCACACGGACAUCCACAUAUGAUGAUGAAUGACUUAGGUUGCCACAUGGACAAUAUGGGAGGUCCCGGCCUCGGCGGGCCUAUGGAAGGAAUGAUGGGCGGCGGUGACUUCCCUCCCGAUAUGAACUUAAGUCCAAAAAUGGGCGGAGGCCCCAUGGGCGGUCCUAUGGGCCCAAUGGGUCCCGAUGCAUCCAUGCUCGGGCCGAGAAUGGGAGGCGCGGGUAAAAUGCCACCAUUCAAUGGAGCGAACGUCCAAGUGAAAGCGAGUGCGCCCAACACGAUACAAUAUCUACCGACGAGGCCACAGAUGCCCUGCAACACGGGCCCGCGGGGACCCCCCAGCUUAGACUUCCUGCAGCGGGUGACGAACCCUAUGCAGAUGGAGAACAGUAAAGGCGUGCAGUACUUCCCCGGGGCGAGGGGCAUGGACAUGGAGGCGGGAAUGCGGGGCGUGAUGCGACCGCCCGGCGGCAUGCUUAGGAUGCCCCACUACCCCGCCGGGUUCAACUCGCCCCCCAAGAUGGCGGGCGAUCCAUUCGGCGGCGGACCGAAUCCCAUGUGCGGUCCAAACUUCCGAGGAGUUAAAGGAGGGAUGCCGGGGAACGUCCGCAUGGGUUCGGGGCAGCCGCUGCCGCCGUCGAUGGGGGGCCCGGCGGGCGGGUUCAAGGGUCAAGGCUUCGCGGUGCCUUCGACGGCCGACCCCAACUACGCAGCACAGUUCCACAACUUCCAGCAGCAGCUGUACGCGACGGGCAGCCGCGCCGCGCAGCCGCACCAGGGCUACCCGCCCUACCAGCCGUCCAAGUGAUGACUGCCGCUGGGGCGGUGCGGACACGGAGUGACGGUGCCGGCGCUGUAGCCGCGCCCUGUGAUACGGACACCCCCAUGACGGAUCUAUUAACGGCCUGCUAAGUUUUUGUAUUCAUUAACCUUUGUACUUAAUUCUCUACGCCAGUGAUGAUCAAAUUUUUUAGUUAUGUUUUAUUUUGUCCGCACAUUGUGAUUUCUUUUUACCCUCGAGAAUUUUUGUAAUUAAAUGCGGCUAUUGAAGAGUAUGAUGUAUGGCAGGAUGAAAUGAAAUUGUCGCUUGAAAGAGCAUGUUGUGAUCAAAAUUAUAAAUUUAUGCUUCGCUGAUUUGUAUGAGUGAAGAAAUAUGAACAAAAUAUAUGCUACAAAUGUUGAUAGCACAAUCGAGAGCCCUUAUAUGAUGUUAUUCUUGGAUUGUUGUGAUUUAUAAAAGGGCUAUGUAAAGAGCCAUUAAGCAUAUAAUGUGCACGUAAAUGCAAGGGAAUAGUCAGAUCAUGCAAAAUGAAAGUCCAUAAUCUCUGCCUACCCUUUUUGGCGACAGGCACGAUUCUUAUUUAUACAUUUUUUUUAAGUGUCAAGAUUGGUAUAUACAUUUUAUUUGUUAGGGUUUUCACCUUAGAACAUUGUACUAGUUUUCUUGACUGAGUAUGAUUUUUAUAGAAAAUAUAAAUACGUUUGUACAAAUAAUUUUUUUAGACGUGUUAUUCGUGUACUCUUACAUAAUUUAAAGUACAGUUAGGUAUUUUUGCUAAUGGCAAUAAUAAAUAUAGUUUUUAUCUUUUUUUUUUACACCAGGCUCGCCAGAAUUUCAGUGUAUUGGUUCCUUAACUUAGCUAUUUUAUAUAUAACGAUUCCUAUGCACACAAAUAUCUAGUCAAUUUUGAAAUUAAUACCCCGACAAUGCGUCGGUGUAAUUUGUAAAAGUCGAGUCCGCAAUUUCGUUACUUUUAAUGAACACAGAAGUACAUAAUUAUUAUAUAAUCAAUAUUUUGUCCAUUUUAGUCGUAGAUUAUUUUGUAGUGAAAUUGGUUUUUUUUAUUUUAAUUAUUUGGCUAGUGGCCAGUAUAAACACCUGGAACUAAUGUGCAAGAUUGUAAAUUAUAAUUUUUUUAUAACUUUUAUUUGAUCUGAUAGCAAUGUUUUUCUGUCUUCCAUACCUAACUUGCAACAAUUAGCGAAAAUGUACAUUUUCAUUUACGAAUUUACAUGAAAAUAAACGCAGAUCGAGUUCUAUUUAGCCUUACUUUUAAAAUUAAAAGUACUUAAAUAUCUGUUGCCAUAUUGUUUGCCACAUGAAUUUAGUUUCGUGAUAUUUUUUAACUGUUUCUAUUUAAUUUAUUUGUCUAUACGGAACCCGUACGAACGAUGCCGAUUAUUUCCGAGUGCAAAGCAAUUUUUUUUAGUUUUUUUUUUUAGUGGAUAGGGGAAUACUAUUUUAAGAUAGUUAUGCACAUUGUGGAAGUCACAGUGGCCUUCGAUGUAAAAAAAUGCCUUGUUUAAAAGCAAUUUGAAACCCUGCAGGUGAGGACGUAUCGUAACACUAACGCGCGUUAAUUGUUUCUCGCUCAAAGUAUAAUUAUGAUCUAUUCGAGAUUAAAAAAAAUGGCGCAACAAAGCGAGUAACAGCACAAGAGUCCAAUAAUUAACACCCGCUAGAAAUUAGAUAGACUUAAUUUAAAUGUAAUUAUAAUAUAAGGUAAAGAAUGGUUCUUGUUUUAGGUUAAGCGAAGAGCAAUGAUAUAAUAAAUAGUUUGUGUAAUAUUAAUAAGAGAUGAAAUUAAGAUGCAAACUAUUGGUUGUGAAUUCCGACACAAUUUGUUAAGUUGUUCGUAGAUUUGUCGCAGAGGAUAGUUGUCGAAACUUAAUUUACUUCACGAUAAGGCCCUUUUUAAUUUUGUUUUUUUUUAAUAAUUUUUUUUACUCGUCGUUCUCGUUUGUACAUCGCUAACAAUAAUUGUACAGAGUACUUUUGGACUUAAUUUAAGGCAAUAAAUGUAUUUAUUUUAUAACUCGUGAUGUAAGAAUUUAUUCUU